CAUGCGCGAUGAGCGCAGGUUGAGCCUGUGGAGUACUUGCAAAGCCGGAACAAUUUCACGACGGUAAUUUCACCUCGUGAUAGAACAUCCACUUCUGUGAAAUUACAUUUUAUAACGGAGAAUUGCAGUACCCACAAAAGCAGGACUGGUGUAUUGAAGAUGUCCAAAAAUAAAUCGAAAUCCAGGUCGGGAUCUUCACGUUCCAUGUCACGCUCUCGGUCACGUUCUUUCUCCAAAUCCCGUUCCCGUUCAAGGUCUCUUUCUCACACACGGAAACGAAGACACAGUUCUAGAUCCCGUUCAAGGUCUUAUUCUCCAGGAUAUAACAGAGAAAGGAAUCACCCCAGAGUGUAUCAAAAUCGUGACUUUCGUGGGCACAACAGAGGUUAUCGUAGACCGUAUUAUUUUAGGAGUCGUGGAAGAGGAUUUUACCCACGUGGCCAACAUAACCGUGGUGGCUAUGGAAAUUACCGGCCAAAUUGGCAGAAUUACAAUAGGCAACCAUACAGCCCACGUAGGGCACGAUCUCGUUCCCGCUCCCCUAAGCGGAGGUCCCUAACACCUAGGUCCAGGAGCCACUCUCGGGAUUCUGAUAAGUCUUCAUCAGACCGUUCAAGGCGGUCAUCAUCUUCCAGAUCAUCCUCUAACCACAGUCGAAUUGAAUCUGUGAAACGCAAGUCCAAGAAAGAAAAGAAGGCUCAUUCUAAAGAACAUCGAGCUUCGACGCAAGCUGCAGAUGAGUCAAAUGAUCAGUCUGCAUCUGGGACAGGAGAUGCUGGGACCAAAAAUGAAGGGUCCAAAACAUGGCAGGAAAUGGAGACUUAUGAUACAAGUCCAGUUCUUCAACACAGCCCAGUGGAACGAGCUCCAACACUCAAAAGCUCUGUCCAGUCGGUGGUAGUCAGGCGAUGCUCUCCACGGCCUAGUCCUUUGCAAAAGCCAAGCCCUCCCUCACCCUCUGUUUUGCAGACCAAUACAUCCUUCCGAGCAUCCUCUCGUCAGAGCCCAUUUGAUCAUAGUUUGAGUCCACCAAGAAAGAGUCCUAUUACUAAAAGCCCACCGUCUAUAAGUUCAUUAUAUGGUGGCAGUCAAAAAGAAGACAGUAGAGCUGGUGAAAUGUCAGCCCCAGUAGGAACCGGAUAUAAAAGGUUUAUGGAAGAGCAGAAAAAUAAGGCAUCUGAACAGGAAAAAGAAAAUGGUAAAGACAAGGAAAAGAUGAGCGGCAUGGAAAAAAUGAAGGAUCGCAGCAGUCCUACAGAUUUUGCCAUGAGUGAAUUGGAACGGGCUUACCGGAAAAGCCAGUCUCCUAAACGAUAUAAGAUGCGAGAUGAUUUGGAAAAAAUUAAAAUGGCUGAAUUCCGUUUUGGCAAAGAGGAGGCUGAGCAGGAAAAAAAGGGACGUGCGCGGAAAGACUCAGACAGUGAUUCAAAGAAUCAAGACCCUUAUGACCCUGCUAAGUGGGAAGAAUUGUCCUUUAUCACAAGCACUAAAGAAAAGCGCAGGAAAUCAGAGGAAAUGGAAGAUGAGCCUUACAUGGAAAGGCCUAAAAAGGAAGAGAAGGCAUCCAAAAGAGGGGAUUCUUCACACAAAGGUUUCCUCCCAGAAAAGAAUUUUAGGGUGACUAGUUUCAAGGCAACAAAGGAUAAAAGUGAAUCCCCAUCCAGGAAAUCUGAGUGCAAGGAGACAGAGAGAGUGACCAGCAAGGAGGAAAUGCUCUUCUCCAAAUCAACAUUCUGUAUCAAUCGGGAAUCUGGUCCUAAUGUCCGUCUAGAUUCUUUUGAUGAGGACCUUGCACGUCCAAGUGGAAUACUGGCUCAUGAAAGAAAGUUGUCUCGUGACCUUGUCCAUGGUAGCAAAAAAGAUCUGGAAUUCAAGUCUAUAUUUCAACAUAUUCAAUCUGCACAGCCUCAGCGGAGUCCCUCUGAACUGUUUGCUCAGCAUAUAGUGACAAUUGUGCAUCAUGUGAAAGAGCAUCAUUUUGGUCCUUCAACCAUGACACUGAGUGAGCGUUUCUCAAAAUACCUAAAGAGAGUGAAAGAUCAGGAACCCUCAAAAAGCCGGAAGAGCCCUGAAAUUCACAGGAGAAUAGAUAUUUCUCCCAGUGCUUUUAGAAAACAUGGAUUUUUGCAUGAAGAACCAAAACAUACAAAAGAAUCCAGCCAGAAGGGAGAUGCAAAAUAUAGAGACGAACCGUCUGACCUGCGGCAAGAUAUUGAACGCCGCAAAAAACACAAGGACAGAGAUUCCAAGCGUGACCACUCUAAAGACUCUGGGGAUUCAAGAGAUACCAGUCGCUCCAGGGAGAGGUCACCAGAGAAAACUGAAAAGCCAAGGAAAUCCUCAAAAAAACACAAGAAGCACAGGAAAGUGCGUGAACGUUCUCGUUCCUCCUCCUCUUCUUCACAUUCCUCUCAUUCUCACCGGGCACCUGGACCAGAAGAGUACCCUGUAGAAGGCGAAGAUAAAGAUGAGGGUACUGCCAACUUCGAUAAAUCACGUCUGGGCAAUAAAGAUUUCCAAGGAACCAGUGAGAGAGGACGUGGACGGGGAAACUUUCAAUACAGAGCAAGAGGAACCAGAGCUUGGGGCAGAGGGGCCUUUUCCGGAAAUAACAAUAAUAAUAAUAAUGAUUUCCAGAAACGAAGCAAAGAUGAGGAAUGGGAUCCAGAGUACACCCCAAAAAGCAAGAAAUAUUAUCUGCACGACGACCGGGAAGGGGAGAACGAGGAGAAGUGGGUGAAUCGAGGGAGAGGCCGUGCCAACUUUGCCCGGGGAAGGGGCAGGUUCUUGUACCGCAAGCCAGGCACCAGCCCCAUAUGGGCCCAUGACAAGUUCAGCGGGGAGGAGGGAGAAAUAGAAGAUGAUGAAAGCGGAGCAGAAAAUAAAGAUGAAAAAGGCAACAAUAGAUCUGCUGCAGAAUAGCCCGUUUGGCACUAAUUACUAUGAACUGUAGCAAAUGGGCAUAAAGGAAUACAGCAAUUGAUUUAUACAUUAUAUUAAGCAGUUGUCUAUAUAUUUUAGCAAAGAAGCCUCUUUUAAAUGAUCUGCAGUUAUAUAUUUUUCCUCCCUCCUUCUGAAUUUUACCUGUGGUAAUUUCCUUUUCUUAAGAUCUUAUGAAUGGAUUUAUGAUGCAGAAAUAGAGAUGGUAGCCUAGGAAAGGUGGUUUUAUUUUUACCAACCGACAAAUGUAAGAGUUGGUGCUGCUCUUAAAGAAAAACGUAUUGACCUGUGUGCAAUGCUUCCCAAAAAUACAAUCAGAUACUUGCAUUCUGUUUUUCUAUGUUUGAAUUAAUCAAUUCUGUAAUUUGUUGGGUUCCUCCUUUUUUUUCUUUUUUUUUUUUUUUAAAUCUGUAUCUGUUUUAAACAAAUGUAGUAAUACUGGUUAUUGUAAAAUGCUAUAAUUUUUAGAAAAAAAAGAGCCUUAUGCCAUAGGUGGGGAAAAGGACGUUGAAAUAAACGUUUCAAUCAAAA